GUCGUCUCCGUCUCCCGUGACCUCACGGCUGCCGGAUUAAAAGCAGCUGCAGACGCUCACAGUCUCAGACGGGCGUCAUGUGGUGUCGAAGUUUUCUGCAGCAGGCGGUUAGACGCAUGUCCACCGGCAGAAAGGCGGGCAUCCUCUUUGACGUGGAUGGCGUCCUGCUCCGUGGUGGUUCGGUGAUUCCAGCUGCUCAGAGAGCUCUUCAGAAACUCGUGGACCAAAACAACAACUUCCUGUUUCCCGUCGUCUUCGUCACGAAUGCAGGGAGCUGUCAGAGACACCACAAAGCCCAGCAGCUGUCUCGCCUGCUGGAGGUCCAGAUCUCCCCUGAGCAGGUGGUCCUGUCCUACAGCCCUCUACACAUGAUGAAGAGUUUCCACGACAAGUGUGUGCUGGUGUCGGGACAGGGACCGGUGACCAGCAUCGCCCACAUUUUGGGGUUUCAGAACGUGGUGACCGUGGAGCAGCUCUCAGAACAGCACCCCCUGCUGGACAUGGUGGACCACAACAGGAGGCCCAGCACCCCGCCGUCUCCUCUGAAGAGCCUGCCCCAGAUUGAAGCAAUCAUCCUGUUUGGGGAGCCGGUGAGAUGGGAGACCAACCUGCAGCUGCUGAUGGACGUGCUGCUGACCAACGGCCGGCCCAGCUCUGCGUACGACACCCAGCUGUCCUCCCAGGUGCCCGUCCUGGCCUGCAACAUGGACCUGCUGUGGAUGGCCGAGGCCCCUUCGCCACGGUUUGGUCAUGGGAUGUUCCUGCUGUGUCUGGAGUCGGUGUACAAGAAGCUGACGGGCCGAGAGCUGCAGUACGAGGCUCUGCUGGGGAAACCCGGCCUGCUCACCUACCAGUACGCUGAGCAGGUGCUGCGGCUGCAGAACCACCGCUGCAAACUGUCUACCGUCUACGCUGUCGGUGACAACCUGAUGACGGACAUCUACGGUGCUAAUCUUUACAACCGCUACCUGGCUCAGCAGCACGCCGCCAUGACGGGUGGUGCCAAGAUGGUUGCCCAGGCAACGGGGACCCCGGUGACGGUGGCCGAGGAGGAGUCGGUGUCGGCCACUCAGUGUCAGUCCAUACUGGUGUGCACAGGUGUCUACAACCCGCGGGUGGAGCAGAACCGCAGCGUCACAGAGAUGGUGUUCCACGGCCACAGAGACCUGGUCCUGGAUCCAGACCUGGUGGAGCCCAGUCACGUGGUGGAGGACGUGGAGGCCGCCGUGGACCUGAUGCUGCAGCAGGAGAGCUCACACACCUAAAGCCUGAAUGAUGGUUCUGCGUUAAACCAACGCAGAACCUACGCCGUUGCCGUGGCGCCAUCGUGAACCCUUCGGACUUCUCCGUCACUCCAUUUCGCCGCGGUGCAAUACCCCCCCAGAGCGCUAGUUGAUACUUUGUUUAGCUUACGGCUUUUCCGGUCACAGUGAACAAUGGCCGAGAGAGAACCGGAACCGGAAAUGCGUUGCUACCGAGCAAACCAAUCACAGCCCUCUCGGUCUGCGUUGGGUCGUAGUUCCAUUUUUUGGGAAGUGACGUCAGGUUACGGCGUAGCUACGGAGAGACUCCCGCGUAGCCGCGUACCCUACGGCGUUGGUUUAACGCAGAACCAUAAUUCAGUCUUAACGCAGCUCUAAAAACCUAACUACGUUGUAGGGCGGGAAAAGUCUCUCAAACUGACUCCAAGAGUUAAAUAAAAGACCAAAACGUUUAUAAAUUUGCAAAAGAGAACUCAAAAAUACUUAUUUUGUAAACUUUCAAAAUGUCAACAAAGAAAUUCUGACAUCGUAGAAUAAAAAGUUUGAGAAAUCCCUGAAAUGAUGACAUCAUUAACUCACAAAUUUUCAAUAGCUGACUAAAUUAUUAUUUAUUGUUCGUCUUUUAUCACUUUCGAGUUAUUCCAGUGACCAUGGUGGGGUUUUCUUUCUUUAAUGGAGGGGUACCAACCAGUGGCGUAGCCACGGGUGUGCCAGGGGGGGCCGGUGCCACCCCUAGAGACAGCUGGCACACCCAAACAUUUGAUGCAUUUUUUUUUGUUAUAGUCUUACUAACAUUUUGUAUUCUAAAUCUAGGCUAUUAGUAUGUAAUCAUGAUGUUCAAAAUAAUUCAAGUAAAAUUAUGUAAAAACUUUGUCAGGCAAUGUGUCGCGGCACCUGCAACCGACCCUGAACUGACUGUUUAGGCAACUCAUCAAACGGAAGGUGGAUGGCGGACAUGAGUUCCCGUCUAUUAUUGAAGUCUUAGACUCCUGCGACAAAGAUGUUUUUCCCAAGAUGAACCGUUUGCUUCGUAUUCUGAUAUCAUUGCCUGUUACAAGUUGCUCUGUGGAGCCUUUUUUCAGUUGUCAACAGGACAAAACCCUUCAGCAGAGCGACGAUGCUCACAGAGAGACUGAGGAGUCUCUCGUUGCUCAGGUUUGAAAAAGAACUGGCGGAGAAACUGGACUCUGAUGAAAUAAUAAAUGCAUUCAAGGCCAAGUCUUGCCCUUUAAAUUGAGAGCUGUGCAGUGGCACAGGAAAGCAGCAACAUGGUUGUCAUUUACUCUGCUGCUUUACUUUACAUACUGAUACAUAAUCAUAUGUGAUGAAUGUUAAGCCAAAUAGUCGAGUUCAGCAUAUGGUGAAAUAGCUUUGUUGAUCAUGCGUAAUGUGGAUACGUUAUGGCUCUGAACGCAUCAAUGUUAUAUUUCACUAUGUUUGCUUCAUUGGGCACCCAAUGUGUGUGUGUGGUUAUGUUUUUGUGACGUUUUUUUUAGGACAUGCAUAAAGUGUGGUUAUUUUAUUACUUAUUAUUAUAUUAUAUAUAUUAUUAUACUUAUUAUAUAUUAUUGAUUUUACUUGAGCACGUCAUAUGUACUCUCAAACAUGGAUAUGUUUUUUAUUACUGAUGAGAGCACACACAACGUGUUGGAUAUGUUUUGUACUGUUAAUAAUGUUGGAUAUACAAGCUUUUGAAUGUUUGUGGAGGUGUAACGUCCAGUUUUGUUGAAAAUAAAUUUGGCACACCCAGUCUUUGCUGGUGCACACCCUAAGUCUCUUUUCUGGCUACGCCACUGGUACCAACAACUGCGUCCCUGUGUGUUAGGUGUUCUAAGUUUGUCCACUGAUGUUACUGGAUGUUG